CAUGCGUACGGUCAAUUUGUCUCAUUAUUCCGUUAGGUGUGUAUUACAGAUAGAAAGAGGACGAAAGUGAAACGGUUAAUUCCUUUAAAGUCUGCUUAAAAAGUUGUCUCCAUCCUGGAGAAAAAUAUGUACGGAUUGUUUUAACUUCGACUGGACACGGUUGAACUGUAUGGAUAUGUAAUUCUUCAGAUAAUUUUGUUUACAAUUGCAAGCUAUUGCUUAUAACUCAUUUAUUCUGCGGGGAAAAAAUAGUUUAAUAACUUUAAAAAUACAUAUAUGAGUAUAGGCAUCUUUGUAUUGUUUACAAAUCUAAAAGCAGAGUACAAAGCUUGACACCACAGAAGUUGGAACUUGGCAGCUGUUUAUUGCCUGCUGCUUAUUAAUUUAUUAAGUGUAUACUGCAUCUCAUUUUCAAACCUUGAACGUGUUUACGUCAGCGUGUUCAUUUUACCGACGACAUCAUGGCCAUAUCCUCCGAUCGAAAAGCAGCCGUAGUAUUGCUCAGUUUACUAGAAGUCUUAUUGUUUGGCGGACUACAAUAUGGCUGGGUAUCCUUACUUUACAUAAUAAAACAGGAGAAAGUGUUCGAAAACCUCUGUUUUAAAAGUAACAACGUCACUUCCGGAAAUGGAAGUCUCAGUACUUCCGAUGAAACUUGCUUGCCUCAGGAUGAAAGGUUCAACUUAGUUUUCAGUAUUGGAAUAGCAGUGUUUACCUUGAUAUCUGCACUAACGGGACAUCUUUACUACAAAUUUGGUGUGAAGAAAGUAAGGGCACUAAGCAUAACUGUCCUUGUUGCAGGCGUGAUCAGUUUCGGCUUUACAUCCCAAGAGAUUCCCUGGCUAGUUCUUCCUGGAAUAGUGUUUGUGGGCGUGGCAGGACUUUCAUUGCUCAUAUCUAACAUGCAGGUGGCAGUAUUGUUACCGAAGGCAUCUUCCGUUUACAUUGGUCUCCUGAGUGGUUGUUACGACUCAUCUGUUGUCACGCAGAUGGCUGUCAAGGCCCUGUAUGAAAACGGAAUUAGCCACGCGUACUCUUACAUGGGUGUCGCCAUUUUGUGUGUUGUCAUAUCUGGUCUUUGUACUCUAAUUCAUCCUGGAUUAGAGAAUAAAUCAUCAACGUCUGCAAACGCAGACGACGUCGUAAAAGACAUGGGUGACAAUGUUAAACCUAUCGGAAGUAUUAAUGCCUCUUUCAAUAAUGACGAAAAACAUUUAAAAGUCCUACCUGCGGAAACAACAGCAGACAAAGAAAUUGUAUACGACAACCAAGUGUCUCCAUUUGCAUCUGAUGACAUCAAAUCACCUUCAAUUGGAUCCAUUAUAUGUUCCCGUCUAUACAUCCUUCACGUGCUGUGGAUGAGCGCCCUGUUGUUGAGGUUCUACUAUUUUAUCGGGUCGAUAAAUAGAUUGCUAGAGCAGACUCUGGAAAAUGAUAGACAGGUGAGCUAUUUCACCGACGUCAUGGCUUAUACCAUGUUAGGAGGAAUGGCGUCAUCAUUCAUUGCUGGCCAGGUGUUUCAGGUGCAGAAUAAGUGGUUUACAGGAACGAUGAAAACGGUGGUUCCCCUGGCAGUAACGUCAUGUCUUGGUAUUCUGUUAUCCUCGCUCUCCUUUGUGACCUCGACGACAGUUCUUUACGCUGAUUUCGUUGUGCUGACGUUUUUCCGGUCCUUUGUUUACAGCGUUAACAUGGAUUUCGUCAUAAUCUCGUUUCCACAGAAAUUCAUGAGUGUGUUGUAUGGUCUCGUUAUUUCCGUUUCUGGUAUGCUGAGCUUGACACAGUAUGCCUUGUUCACAUGGACAACGCGGUACGAGGAUGCGAUGAAUCACGUAAAUAUUUUCCUACUGUGUUUAUCGGUUAUCUCCCUUCUACAUCCGAUCCUUAUAUUCACGAGCCAGAAAAAGCCACCACGAAAACAAUACGUUGACACUAUCAUUAAAUGCAGUGUGGAUUCCAGAAACAAAUAUGGACAUUCAACGAAGUUAUGAUCAAUUGUGUUCAAAGAUUGGACUAUUACUCUUACGUUAAUGCCUUUCCACUGCAUGUCAACAUGCAUGUUUAUGUAGAUAUUAAUAUAUUUCAAGAGUGAUAGAAACCGAUAUACACUACUUUCCACUGCAUGUCAACAUGCAUGUUUAUGUAGAUAUCAAUAUAUUUCAAGAGUGAGAUAGGAACCGAUACACUAUAUAAUUUACUGACAGUCCUUUUUAGCAGUUUUCUUGCUGGCCCGAAAACAGCAAAAUAUAUACAAUUAUCAAUGUAUUAUUGUAUGUAUUGGUCGUAUAUCUUGUUUAAGGAACUAUUUAUUUUGUUUUCUUAAACUAUAGAAUAUUUCUUAUGUACGAUGUGUAUGUAUGCGUAAUCCCGGUGUUUUAAAUAGGUGUUACCUUUGACAAUAAAUAUGAACAUGGAAGGACGGCUUUAUACGUUUA